CUCGCUGGCUGUGAAAUCCGACAGGGGAAGCUUUCGUUCAUAGAAGACUUGGCAUGGCUUGUGCUCCUUAACUGAAUCCUGCAACUUCUUAUUAGCAUUACAGCAUCACGACACCAACUGUUCACCUCUUAAUUCUCAUCCGCAUAUAAUUUGCCAGUACGUCACUGAGUUCAAGUGAACUUCUGCUAUAUUUGGAGGACACCGCUCUUGGCCAGUCCCCCGGCGGCCGUCUGAUGACGAUCUCGUUGUCGUUCAAGCCACGUUACGAUACAAGUCCCUUUCUAGGAAUACCUCUCCACGCCAAGUCCACCAUACAAACCGAUCCUUAACACCGCCCUGAGAUGACUGGUCGCUCCCAAGAACCACAGAACUAGUCGACAACAGCGUAGAGAACGAAAAUACAUAGGGGUAGCCCCAACUAAUCAUUAUGAUCCGCUCAACACAAAUUGCCAGGCUAGACGGCCUGAUGCUAUGCGCUUCAGUAGACGACUCCGAGACUGAGCGCACCCUCUCCGAAGUAAAAUCCCAAGUCAAGCUCAUCCUGCGGCGCCUCAGCCGCAGCUCGGAGCCGCAAGCGUCGAUCGAGAGCGGCGCCUACACGCUGCACUACGUGAUCACCGCCGACGUCGUCUACGUGGCCAUCACGGACCGGACCUACCCGCGCAAGCUGGCCUUCACCUACCUGUCGGACCUGGCGACCGAGUUCUCGACCACGUACCCGCAGCAACAGCUCAUGAGCCCCGUGCUGCGGCCGUACGCCUUCAUGGAGUUCGACACCUUCAUCAGCCGGACCAAGGCGACCUACAGCGACGCGCGUGCGACGCAGAACCUGGACAAGCUGCACGACGAGCUCCGCGACGUAACAAAGUACAUGACCAAGAACAUCGAGGACCUGCUGUAUCGCGGGGACAGCCUGGAGCGCAUGGGGGAGCUGAGCAGCAGGCUGAGGGAUGACAGCAAAAAGUACAGGAAGGCGGCCGUCAAGAUAAAUUGGGAUUUGCUGCUCAAGCAGUACGGGCCGUUUGGGGCGUUGGGGUUCAUUAUCUUGGUGUUUCUAUGGUGGAGGUUCUUCUGAGGGAUCUUGUUUUGACGGACGGUUGUAUUACUUGCGCUUGGGGUCAGCAUCGGAGUUGGCGGUAUGGUAUCCAGCGGCUGCUUGGCUGUUGUUUGUGUAUUUCUUCACGUGCUUAUGCGUGCAGAUAGACUGAUACGCUUCCCCGGUGGCAAGAGUGACAUGUAGUAUUGGAACUCGGCAUUCCCAACCGUCGAUUGAUCUGCCAGCAGGCGUAGUAUGAUGAACUGUGUUAGGUAUC